UAGGACAUGUCGCGUCCGCCUAUCUACCCUUUCAUUCUCCUUUUUUGCUUCUUCCACCUUCCCUCUGGAAUCCAAUCCAAUGACCUUCAAAUUCUCAUGAAACUAAAAUCCGCCCUUCAAACAUCAAACACCAAUGUCUUCAGUUCUUGGGAAUCCAGAAAUUCCAUAUGCAACUUCACUGGAAUCUCCUGCAACUCCGACGAUUCCAUUACAGAAAUCGAACUUUCAUACCAAAAUUUAACCGGGGUUCUUCCUCUUGAUUCCAUAUGCCAGCUCCAAUCACUAGAAAAGCUCUCAUUCGGGUUCAACUACUUGCACGGUCCAAUUAUGGACGACUUGAACAAUUGUGUCAAACUGCAAUAUUUGGAUUUGGGCAACAAUUUGUUCACAGCAUGGUCGGUUCCAGAAAUAUCCUCUCUAAGCCAAUUACGGUAUCUACAUCUGAAUGCAAGCGGAUUUUCCGGGACUUUCCCAUGGAAAUCACUCCAAAACAUGACCGGUCUUGUUUGGCUGAGCCUUGGAGACAAUCCUUUUAAUCCUUCUCCAUUUCCAAACGAGGUGUUGCUGCUUACUAACUUGACUUGGCUUUACCUAUCAAACUGCGGCAUCCAAGGCACAAUUCCAGCAGAGAUUGGAAACCUUAGAGAGCUAAUCAACUUGGAGCUUUCCGUCAAUAACAUGACGGGGGAAAUCCCAGUUGAGAUCGGGAACCUAGUCAACCUGUGGCAGCUUGAGCUCUACAACAAUUCAUUCGCAGGAAAACUUCCUAUCGGUCUAAGAAACCUCACAAAGCUUGAAAUGCUUGAUUUUUCAGAUAACUAUCUUGAAGGCGAUCUAUCCGAGUUGAAGUUCUUGAAUAACCUGGUUUGGCUGCAACUAUUUCAAAACGAGCUAUCUGGCCAGGUACCGGCCGAGUUUGGCAACUUCACGAAGCUUGUGAACCUUUCUCUGUAUAGAAACAGCUUCACUGGUCCGCUGCCUCAUAACCUUCUCUCCUGGGCUAAAACUGGUUUCAUUGACGCCUCUGAGAAUUUCUUUACUGGUCCAAUUCCACCAGAUAUGUGCAAGCAAGGUACUUUGAGGGGCCUUUUAAUGUUGCAAAACAAUCUUACCGGUGAAAUUCCAGCAAGCUAUGCCAAUUGUUCCACUUUACUUCGUUUUAGAGUUAAUAAGAACUUGCUCUCAGGUAACAUUCCUAUUGGAAUCUGGGGAUUACCCAACGUGGCCAUGACUGAUAUCUCAUUCAAUGAUAUCGAAGGCCCACUUACAUCCGAUAUCAAAAACGCCAAAUCUCUUGUAUGCUUACUUGCAGGACACAAUCGCUUAUCUGGGGAAUUACCCACAGAGAUUUCGGAAGUCACAUCUCUAAAGACAAUUCAACUGAAUGAUAAUAGACUGACUGGGGAGAUCCCAUAUAUGAUUUGCAAUGUAAGUUUUCUUGAAAUUUUGGAUAUCGCUAAUAACAGUUUGAAAGGCAAGAUUCCAAAAUUACUUGGAAGGCUUACAAUCCUUCGACUGCUCAACCUUUCCCAUAAUAGCCUAACUGGCCAUAUCCCAUCAUCGUUGGCAAAAUUGUCAGCACUUGAAUCCUUAGACCUUUCUUCAAAUAGCCUCACUGGAGAAAUUCCUUUGCAACUAACAGAUCUAACAUUUUUGGCCAUGUUAAAUCUUUCACAAAACCAGCUUAUUGGACCCAUACCUCGAGGCAAACAAUUUGCUACAUUUGAAAACAACUCCUAUGAUAGAAACCUAGGAUUGUGUGGAUUUCCAUUGUCAAGUAAAUGUGGCACUAAUGAGCUGACACAACCAGCACCACCAUCAACAUUCCAAGAAGACAAUGAUUCAUUUUUUGCAAGCGGAUUUGGUUGGAAGGCUGUGUUAAUCGGCUAUGGAUGUGGCUUGUUGUUUGGAUUAGCUAUGGGAUAUGUUGUGUUUAAAAUAAGAAAACCUAAAUGGCUAGUAAGGUUCAUUGAAGGAAAACAAAAGGACAAGAAGAGAAGGCCUAAUAAUCAAAGACCUGGACAAAGAAGAAAUUAAUGCAUUAAAGGGGUGCUCUGUUUGACUAGCCUCUCCUUUGAUGGUAUUUUGUGUAUUUGUUUGUUUAUUUUGAGAUUGAAUGGCAUGUUUGGCUUAAUUCUGGGGCUAGCCUUGUGCUCACUUGUACUUCUAUUUUAUGUAUUUUAUAUUUGAGAGUA